UUGAUCAGUUUCUUUGAUGAUCGGCGAAUUGUGUUUGUAGAUGUCACAGUGACAUUGUUAAAAUGAGUUGUUAAUUGAGAGAUAAAAACAAUGACGUUCUCUGAUACAGUGAAUUACGUGUUCUUCACCAAUCCAGUCGUGAAAACAACAACGGAAUAUGUGAAAUAUUUUUCGUCCGCAACGAUUUCAUCACUUUCUGGUAGCCCAAAACCGCCACCUGUUCCUAAACCAAGUAUGUGCGACCUACCUAUUUGGAAACAUACCUAUGGUGGUAGUUCUUUCGUGAGGAUCGCAGGCUUGUGCGGUGCUGCAGCCGUUGCACUUGGUGCAUACGGCGCUCAUACUAUUUAUCCCAAGGAACAUAAUGAGGAUCUGAAGAGGAUUUUUGAAACGGCAAAUCGGUAUCAUUUUCUGCACACGCUUGCGUUAUUCGGUGUACCCCUUAGCCGGUGGCCGAAGACUAGUGGCAGUUUGCUCUUAACCGGCAUGCUGUUGUUCUGCGGAACAUGCUACUACCAUGCGUUAACUGGUAAAGAUGAAUUGCGAAGACUUACACCCAUUGGAGGAUCGCUCCUUAUUGCUGGUUGGCUUGCCAUGGUGUUAUAGGCAAAGGACAUGGAGAAAAAGGACAAACAAUGUGAAUGGUUUGCAGCCAACAUUUUAAUGUUUUCAGACCUUUUGUUUUGUUACUCUUCAGUACAAUAAUUCUCACUACAGGAGUGUAAUCUGUUUAAUUACUGACUAUUGUUAAUAAAGUUAUUGUUUUGAUAUUUUAUAA